AUGGCCCCACUUCAACUAACGUUGAAGCUGGUGCUUUUCCUGUUGAUCUCUUGCUCGGUCUUGGUCGGGGCCUCGCAUAAUGUCACGGUGGACGACGACGACACUUCACAGAUCAUCUACGACCCGCCGGAUAGUUGGAGGGAAACCCCAUUCGACCCUUUGAAUGCGGGAGGGAGGCAUAGAGUUACUAGCGACCCAGAUGCUACAGCUACAUUCACGUUUACUGGAACUGCUAUUUAUUUUUAUGCUCCACUAUGGCCAUUUGAGGUGACGACGGCCGUAUCGCUCGAUGGAAACCCCCCUGUGACUAUCAAUCUCAUGGACCCGGCCACUAUCAGUCCUGAAGAAGACGCGCCGGAAACAGUCCAGUCACAGGUGGUGUGGAGUGUGGAUGGAUUGGACAAUGUUGAACAUACCCUUGUUGUGUCAGUGGCUCUAGGAGACGAUCACGCCGUCGUAGAUACCCUUGUCUAUACCGUCCUUGACGAUGACGAUCCGACGCCCACGACCACUACCGAUGAUAGCUCAGCGUCUUCGACGGCUUUGACUUCUUUGUCAUCGUCAUCAACUUCCUCUUCUUCGUUUUCCCUACUUCCUCCACCCACCCCUUCAACAUCACCAGUUUUGUCAGAUGCAUCCUCUGCGACCGCACACAAGGGCCUUUCUAUUGCGCUUGGCAUCGUUUGCACUGUCUUCGCCCUGCUCGUAUUCUACGGUAUAUACUGGUAUUGGCGACGUCGGCAGCGGAUCCGUCGUGAACGGGAAGAGGAAGAGGAAUACGCGCGAAACCACCCUUCCUCUUCUGAGCCAGAGGUCCCCUCUGUAGGAUAUGAGUACAGAAGGCAACCAACAGCCUGGCAGAGAAAUUCACGCGGAAGGCUAGUUGCUGCCAGUACAGGAAUUACGACUACCGACUCCCCCUUCGACAGCGAGCUCAGUGGUACCGGUUCUGUGCGCGGUGCAAGCACUAGGGCAGGCAGAAGACCGCGCCCGCCAGCCCCAAGAAGGCAUGGACCUUCACCGUUAUCUAUAUCGUCGUCGGCGUCCGAGUCGUCGUCUUCGGUUACGGGAUCGUCAAGCGGCAAGAAGAAUCCAUUAACGACUAUACCGGAGAUGAGGAUGCGCGAGGAUGUGGAUAUAGAUGCCUCACCAUCGGUUGUUAAGUCACAAAAAGCAUUGGAUGCCCGAAAUUCGCGAGAGGGACUUGCAACUGACAUUGGUUCGACCCAGUGGACAACAUUCGAUGACCAAUCUUCAUAA